UGACAGCAUCACUGCGUACGUCAACUUCAAAGUUGUUAAUUUUUUACAGGUUAUAUUCAUCGGAAGCUGAGUCGGUAUUUAUGUUAAUUUUGUUAUUUUUGAGUAAAUAAGCAAGCCUACACAGCAUUCACCAUGGAUAAAAGUAAAGAGAAGGAAGAACAGAGUAUCAUGGACAAGUCCAUGAGAUCUGUCUUCGUUGGUAAUAUACCGUACGAAGCUACAGAAGAGAAACUGAAAGAUAUAUUUAGUGAAGUCGGUCCUGUGCUGUCGUUUAAGCUUGUGUUUGACAGAGAAACCGGCAAGCCUAAGGGAUAUGGUUUCUGUGAAUAUAAAGAUCAGGAGACUGCCCUCAGUGCUAUGCGGAACCUCAACGGAUACGAGAUCGGUGGGCGAUCCUUGAGAGUAGAUAAUGCUUGUACUGAGAAGUCUAGGAUGGAAAUGCAAGCAUUGAUGCAAGGGCCUCAGAUAGAGAAUCCUUACGGAGAGCCGUGUGAGCCUGAGAAAGCUCCAGAAGCCAUCAGUAAGGCUGUGGCCACUCUCCCUCCAGAGCAGAUGUUUGAGCUCAUGAAACAAAUGAAGUUAUGUAUCCAGAACAACCCCAAUGAAGCUAGGAACAUGAUGCUGCAAAAUCCUCAGCUGGCAUAUGCAUUGCUACAAGCUCAAGUUAUUAUGAGGAUUGUAGACCCAGCCACAGCUGUUAGCAUGUUACAUCCCAGUAACCCACUGCCACCAUUGAUUCAGCCGGGUGACAAGAUUCCACCUUCAAACCAUUAUAUUCCAAGCAACCCACCUCAGAAUCAACCGCCUCAGAUGCCGCCGCUGCUUGCUGCGCCUGUCCCGCCACCAGCUCAAUAUGCGCCUCGUCCACCAAUGGGCGACAUAGACCUGCGCGGGCGCGGCGCGGUGCCGCCGGCGCUGCUGGACCAGGACAUGCGCAGCCUGCCGCCCGCGCCGCCGCACCCCGUGCCGCCGCCGCAGCACCAUGCCGACACUAUUGCUCCCCCAGUGGAGAAGCCUACAGAACCGAUUGGUUUCCCCCGCGACCCGCGCCUGGCGAGCAUGCAGACGCAGUCGUUCAGCGCCGACCCGCGCGUGCGCUCCAACGAUCCACGCACGCAGCAGAAAAUUCAACAACAACAAAUGCCACCUGGUAUGCCAAGCGCAGCCCAGGCUAGAACUAUCCAGGGCAUACCUUCAGGAGCUUCCGAUCAAGAGAAGGCUGCGCUGAUCAUGCAAGUACUACAACUAUCGGAUGAGCAAAUCGCCCUGUUGCCGCCAGAACAACGCGCCAGUAUUCUGAUGCUCAAGGAACAAAUUGCUAAGAGCACUCAACAGCGUUAAUUGAGAUAACGCAUCUAUAUUGAGACUUGAUUCAUGAAUUUAUGUUUUAAGCUACGGUUUUUUUUUUUCAAUUUUAGAGUGUAAGUUAGUGACAGAUUUAUACCAGCCAGAAAAAAAAGUAAUUUUAUCUUUCAAUGAGCUUAAAUACUGCUCAGGCUGUAGAUCUAAUAUUGAUAAUGAUUAGACAUAUAGGCAACCGAAUACGUUACGU